GCGUCGGAGGAGGUUCGGGGUCAGAGGGAUGGCGGCCGCAUGGGCUCCGGCUGCGCGGUCCCUCCGCUGCGGGGCGGGUCUGCGGGGGACAUGGGCUCUGCCCGGAGUCGGGGGCUCCCCCCGGUUCUGCAGCGGGCGGGUGGAGCUGGAAGGCAUGAACAGACCCGUCAUAGACCGCAUCAUCCGGGUUGACCAUGCCGGGGAGUACGGGGCGAACCGGAUUUAUGCGGGACAAAUGGCCGUCUUGGGCAGAUCGAGCGUGGGACCGGUUAUCCAGCAAAUGUGGAACCAAGAAAAAGAGCAUCUGAAGAAGUUCAAUGAGCUGAUGGUUGCAUACAGAGUUCGACCUACAGUUUUACUGCCCCUUUGGAAUGUUGCAGGUUUUGUUCUAGGGGCUGGGAGUGCUUUACUUGGCAAGAAGGGUGCAAUGGCUUGCACAGUGGCAGUGGAAGAGAGCAUAUCCAAUCACUACAACACCCAGAUCAGAACUCUUAUGGAAGAGGAUCCAGAAAAGUACAAAGAACUAUUGCAGGUAAUAAAGAAAUUUCGGGAUGAUGAACUGGAGCACCAUGACAUUGGGCUUAAGCAUGAUGCAGAAGAGGCACCAGUUUAUUCAGUUUUGAAGAAAGCUAUACAGCUUGGAUGCAAAGGUGCAAUAUUUCUAUCAGAAAGAAUCUAGUGGUAUUUUUCCAUAAUGUUUGUGGCAAUAAACUGUGACACAAGAGCAUGGAAAUUCCAGGAGACUAAUAGUUAUUUUAUUUAGCACUUUAAAAUUCUCCUCAUUAACUGUCUGAUUCAGCCAGCCUUUCUCACACUGAAUAACUCCUCAAAGGGUCUACAUUGACAUUAAGCUGAACAGAAUCUGAAUAAAAAUGGCAGAAUUGAAUCCCUGUGAACUAAACGUUAUUCAGAGACUGUGCACAAGGUGGCAGCAAAAUAUAUAUGUAUAUACCUAAAAGGGGGGUGUGUGUGUGUGUGUGUGCAUAUAUACACACAGAUAAAAAUGCUGAAUACAUCCUCUCUUGCCUUCAAAGUCAUAUACUUGAAAUAAGGUGGAGCUCAUCUAGCUUCACAAUGAUUAAUACUGAAUAAAUAGGAUUCUGAGUUCUAUUUUCAGGUAAAUUAAGUUCUUGUAAGUUUUUCUUUUCAGUCUGUCUUGAAUAAAGAUUGGUAUGAUGAAAC